GUGGGGCAGCGACGUCUUUGGCCAAUCACCGCCCGAGUCCGGUCACUCUCCAACCCUUCCAGUUCUGCCGAGCAAGUACUGCACAAGCAAGAUCGAAUCCUCGUCUUGCAGGCUUUUCGACUGUGCGACGUCACGGGGUCCUUCCUCCUGCAACACCACGGAUUACACGUGCCACUGCAAGCCGGGUUACUGCUCA